UGACAGCAUGAGAAAUGUCAAAAUUAACCGUACGUCUCGUAAACGUGAUAAAACUGCUCUCUUUCCAACACGACAACCUGCGUAACAUCAGCGACAAGGUAGUCAAGCUCCAGUUCCUCACCCUCUUCAAGGCCAUCUCGAACCUCGUCUCGGUGGACCACAAUGCCGAAGACAAAAUCUCCAAGUACUGGGUCGGAAAAUCCGUCGAGGAAGUGAUCGACGAGGCCGACGUCCUCUUCGGCCAGGGCAAGUACCUCGAGGUGUACGAACUCCUCAACCGCCUCAAGUUCUGCAACAACGCCGAGGUCCAAUGGCGCAUCGCGCGCGCCCUCUUCAAGCUCUCCUGCCAGACCAGCAUCCGCGAGUCCGUGCGCCAGGAGAUGAUCCAGGAGGCCUUCGACAUCAUCAGCGCCAGCCUGGCCACCGCCGAGGACUCCGCCAAGGUGCACAAGUGGGCGGCGAUAGUCAUCGACAGGAAGAACGGCAUGAACGGGCUGGAGCAGCGCGUCAAGAACUCGGAGAUCGUCAAGAGCCACCUGAUGCGCUCGUGCGAGCUGGACCCCAGCGACGUGACCGCGCAGUACCUGCUGGGGCGCUGGUGCUACGAGAUGAGCAACAUCACGUGGUUCCAGAGGAUCAUCUCGAAGCUGCUGUUCGGGGAGCCGCCGCAGGCGAGCUUCGAGGAGGCGCACCAGUACUUGGCGAAGGCGGAGGAUCUGCACCCGAGGUUCUACCUGCAGAAUACGUACCUGCUGGGGAAGACGUGUCUGAAGCUGGGGCAGUACUACAGGGCGAAGCACUACUUCGGGGUGGUGGGGAAUUUGCCGGUGCACAACGACUACGAGAAGCGUUGUGCGGCGGAUGCCAAGAAGCUGCUGAAGCGGUUGGAUAAGUAUAAUUUAGAGAAGGGGGCUCUGUUUUAUGAGUACCCCUUCGGGACACACGAAUAGACUAUAAAUUAUGAUUUUGUUGUUUGAGCUUUUUUAUUGACCGCAAUAAAUAAUUGGUAUGAGA